UUUUCUUUCAAACAAACACAAGACAAAGACCAAGCCUUUCUAAUUCUAUUCUCUCUGAAUCACAAAAGAGCCUCUGUUUACAUUAAUGGAUGCUUCCGACGAUACUGGCAUUGACGAGUCUUACAGGCCACUCCCUGCUCUUUACUUGGCUUUUCUCUCUAUUUGGCUUGUCUCCGCUUGUUCUUGGACUUUCAACACCUACAAAAAGCGCCAUUUCCAGACGAAUAAUUUGCAGUGGACACUCGCAAUUGUUCCAUUGAUUAAAGCUUUGCAACUUACGUUGUCGUUUCUCUUCUGGUAUUCAUGCUUUCAUCUCGAGAUAUGCUCACUAUGGAUGUCGUUUGGUGUGUAUGUAACUGGAGUGUUAUUCCAAACGGCGUCGUUUGUGUCUUUCCUUCUUAUUGCUCAUGGCUAUUGCAUCAUGUCUGAGCGUCUAUCAGUAACUGAGAGGCGUACCACUGCCAGUCUUGGCUGCGUAUUUUACCUUACUCUUGUUGGUUAUAGAGCUUCCGUGCCUUAUUUCUCUGUUCUGCUGCUGCUGAAUUAUGUAAUUACUUUCUACGUAAUAUUCCACCACACAUCUCAGAAUCUGUUAGUUCUAAGGAAUCAACUUAGUUAUAUCGAGGACGAAGAUGUUCAAGCAAUGCAUGAUGCAGUAUACACUAAGUACAUCAUGUUUAAGAAAUUUCAAGGUGCAAUGCAGAUUGUAGCGAUGGCUGAGGCAGUGAUAUAUAUUAAUUUCGAUGACUCGUCCGAAAAUUACUGGAUUCGCUUGCUAGUCCGAGAAUGGGCUCAGCUAUGCAUCCUUGUUUACAUAGGGUGGACUUUCAGGUCACAAGAUUUGGCACCACGGUUUUCAGUCAUGCCAACUCUAAAAUCAAAAGGGGAGACCAUAGUCCCUCCAAUAUAUAGCAUAGAAAUGGAUGCUGCAACGUUUAAGGAUUUUAGAUGCCAUGAAUGGCAUAUUGGUGUGGCAACUUCAACCUAUGAUGAGAAGAGCAAAGAUCCAGUCAUUGUAAUAAUUCAACAGCCUCAUGCAUUGCAUAAACAUACUCCAGUCGCAAUAGCGAGUUCUCUUCCUUUACCACAAGCUCAACAGCAGUAGAAAAUUUUGAGGCGAGAUAAUAUACAAUUUCAUUAUACACUUGUCAAAAGUUGCAUUCAAUUUCAAGGCACGAAGAAAAGAAAGCCCAAUAUGUAUUUAAUGUUAAAAUUACGACUACAACAGAGAAAAACCUGACAGAGGAUUCUAAAUCUCUUUAAUUAUUUUGUGUACUACAUGUAACAAUGACAUACGACACGAGGCAUUGUAUAAUCCGACGAAAUAUAGAGAAAAAAAUUGUAAAUACUAGUUCGCAUUAUUGAUCUACUUUAUUUUAUAAUUA